CCCCUCUUGACUCAUCGUCGAUCGCUGCUCUUCCCAUCUUCAAUUUCAAUUAAAUUCCCUAAUUCCCUACUGACCUUUCAUAUUCCGCCAAGUGCAGUUGACGUCCCUCAUCCCCCCACUUACAAGGGCAUCGCAACUGUAACAAUGGCUGUCGAAUCAGUCUCCUUGCAGGAGCGCCUCGAGCGAUGGGCUCAAAGACUCCAGAACCUCACAGUGUCUCCCCUCACCCGAGACUAUCCCGACAACCAGAAGCAGGAGCUUCCCAAGAGGGCAAUUGAAGCCUUUGAGUCGAUUCAGCUGUCCAAGGAGACGCAAUCGGACUUGCAGAAGAUCUCCGGCUCUUCGUCCGGAUUCACUGUCUUCCUGACGGCUUUCAUUGUGCUCGUUGCACGCCUUACCGGUGACGAGGAUAUUGCCGUCGGGACCAGCUCCAGCGACGAUGGUCGUCCUUUCGUCCUGAGAGUCCCAAUCGAGGCAUCCGAAACCUUCCUGCAGCUGUACGCCAAGGUCCAGAAGGCAUUCGAGCAAGGCUCGGCCGAGAUCGUACCUCUGGGCAGUCUACGAUCCUAUAUUCAAGAAAAGUCUCAAUCUGAACGCUCUCCCAUCCUCUUCCGCUUUGCUGCCUACGAUGCCCCUGCUGCCUCGCAGGAUUACCCUGCCAACACCUUCGAGACAACAGAUCUCCUUGUCAACAUUGCUCCGAUCAGUGCAUCGGAUGGCUCCACAACCCAGGCGGAAUUGGGAGCUUACUACAACCAGAGACUCUUCUCCAGUUCGAGAAUUUCCACCAUUCUCAAGCAGCUUGCCCGUCUGGUCGAAAAUGCGACCAGCAACCCGGAACAAGCAAUUGGGCGCAUUGACUUCAUGACCGAGGAUCAACUGGCCCUUCUUCCGGACCCGACCUCCGAUUUGAACUGGUCCAAUUUCCGCGGUGCUAUCCACGAUAUCUUCGCCGCUAACGCUGAGAAGCACCCCGAAAGACUCUGUGUAGUGGAGACCAAGUCGGAGCGGUCUCCUCACCGGGAGUUCACCUACAAGCAAAUCAAUGAGGCCUCCAACAUUUUGGGCCAUCAUCUAGUCCAGGCGGGUGUGGAGAGAGGAGAGGUCGUCAUGGUGUACGCUUACCGUGGUGUUGACCUGGUGGUAGCCGUUAUGGGUAUCCUGAAGGCUGGCGCGACCUUCUCGGUCAUCGACCCUGCCUACCCCCCGGAAAGACAGUGCAUCUACCUUGAUGUGGCUCGCCCUCGGGCAUUGAUCAACAUUGAGAAGGCAACUAAGGAUGCCGGUGAGCUCUCCGAUGUGGUCCGCUCAUUCAUCAAUGAGAACCUGGAGCUGCGCACGGAAGUGCCUGCCCUGGCCCUUCGCGACGAUGGCUCCCUCGUCGGAGGAUCGAUCAACGGCCAGGAUGUCUUGGCCAACCAAGUUCCUUUGAAGGCCAAGUCUGUUGGCGUCGUCGUCGGACCUGACUCCACCCCGACUCUGUCCUUCACUUCUGGCUCGGAGGGCAGGCCCAAGGGUGUCAAGGGUCGUCACUUUUCUCUGGCAUACUACUUCCCUUGGAUGUCCGAGACCUUCAAGCUUAACCCUAACGAUCGGUUUACCAUGCUCAGCGGUAUCGCUCAUGACCCGAUCCAAAGAGAUAUCUUCACCCCUCUUUUCCUGGGAGCUCAGCUGCUGGUUCCUGCCCGGGAGGAUAUUCAGAACGAAAGGCUUGCCGAGUGGAUGCGCGAGUAUGGAGCUACUGUCACUCACCUUACCCCUGCCAUGGGUCAGAUUCUCGUCGGUGGUGCUUCGGCACAGUUCCCCUCGCUUCACCACGCCUUCUUCGUCGGUGAUAUCCUGAUCAAGCGAGACUGCCGCUCUCUGCAGGGCUUGGCCCCCAAUGUCAACAUUGUCAACAUGUACGGAACGACUGAGACACAGCGUGCGGUCAGUUACUUCGAGAUCCCGAGCUACUCGAGCGACGAGGGCUACCUGGACACCAUGAAGGACGUCAUCCCGGCAGGUCGGGGUAUGCUCGACGUUCAGAUGCUGGUUGUUAACCGCUUCGAACCCAGCCGCAUUUGCGCCAUCGGUGAAGUUGGUGAAAUCUACGUCCGUGCCGGUGGUCUCGCUGAAGGCUACCUAGGUUCGCCUGAAUUGAACCAGAAGAAGUUCCUCAACAACUGGUUUGUUGAUAACCAGACCUGGGUCCAGAAGGACCAAGCCAAGGCAGACAGCGCGAACGAGCCCUGGAGGCAGUUCUACCAAGGCCCUAGAGAUCGCUUGUACCGCAGUGGUGACCUUGGUCGUUACACUCCUUCGGGAGAUGUCGAGUGUUCGGGACGUGCAGACGAUCAGGUCAAGAUCCGUGGGUUCCGUAUCGAGCUGGGUGAGAUUGAUACCCACCUGUCUCGCCAUCCCCUGGUGAGAGAGAACGUCACCCUGGUGCGUCGUGACAAGUUCGAGGAGCGGACUCUGGUCAGUUAUUUCGUGCCGGACAUGAGCAAGUGGGCUGCUUGGCUGCAGGAGAAGGGCCUCGAGGACGAUGACUCUGCUGAAGGAAUGGUCGGCAUGCUUAGACGGUUCCGUCCUCUUCGUGACGACAUCCGUGACCUGCUGCGGACCAAGCUCGCCUCCUACGCCGUGCCGACGGUGUUCAUCCCCCUCAAGCGCAUGCCCCUCAACCCUAACGGCAAGAUCGACAAGCCUGCGCUACCCUUCCCCGAUACCGCAGAGCUUAGUGCCGCGGCUCCUCGUCGCAAGUCAUCUGUGGUCCAGGCUCUGUCUGAAACCGAGCAGGCGCUGGCUUCAAUCUGGGCCUCCCGCAUCCCCAACCUUACUGCUCGCAUGAUUGGACCUGAUGACUCCUUCUUCGACCUUGGAGGGCACAGUAUCCUGGCCCAGCAGAUGUUCUUCGACAUCCGCCGCAAGUGGCGCGGAAUUGACGUUAGCAUGAACGCCAUUUUCCGUAGCCCGACCCUCAGGGGAUUUGCCGCCGAGAUCGACCGUCUGCAGAACUUCGAGUCUUUCGCCAGCAAUGAUGACAGUACCGCUGCUAAGGCGGAUGCUUCAGCUACUCCGGAUGAGCUUGACGACGAAUACUCGAAGGAUGCCCGGAAGCUGGCAGAGACCGCCUUGCCCGCCUCCUUCCCCACGCGUACCGAGUCUAUUCUGUCCAAUGAGCCAACCAUCUUCCUGACUGGUGCUACUGGCUUCUUGGGUGCGCAUAUCCUUCGUGACCUCCUCACUCGCAAGUCGCCCAUGGCCAAGGUUGUGACCCUGGUUCGUGGUAAGACCGAUGAGCAGGCGCUUGAACGUAUCCGCUCCACCUGCCGCGCCUACGGCUUCUGGGAUGAGGCCUGGACCAGCAGACUGCAGUGUGUUUGCGGUAACCUGGGUGAACCCCGCUUCGGUUUCUCGGAUGCUCUUUGGGAUGACUUGACCAAGCGUGUGGAUGCCGUUAUCCACAACGGUGCUCUUGUCCACUGGGUCUACCCUUACUCUACCCUCAAGCCGGCCAACGUCCAGGGUACCAUCGAUGCUCUGAAGCUUUGCGCCAGUGGUAAGCCCAAGCAGUUCUCCUUCGUCAGUUCCACCAGUGUUCUCGACAGCGACCACUAUGUCUCUGAAUCCGAGCGCAUCGUUGCCGCCGGUGGAGCGGGUAUUAGCGAGGAGGAUGACCUCGAGGGCAGUGCCGUUGGACUUGGAACCGGCUACGGCCAGAGCAAGUGGGCUGGAGAGUACCUGGUCCGCGAGGCUGGCCGUAGGGGUCUGAAGGGAACCGUCGUUCGUCCUGGUUACGUUCUUGGUGACUCCAAGACCGGAACCACCAACACCGACGACUUCCUCAUCCGUAUGAUCAAGGGAUGCAUCCAGCUGUCUUCCCGCCCCAACAUUAACAACACCGUCAACAUGGUUCCCGUGGACCACGUUGCCCGCGUGGUCAUCGCCGCUGCAUUCCAGCCUCCUUGCACUCCCAUCGGCGUCGCCCAGGUCACUGGGCACCCGCGUCUCCGGUUCAACCAGUUCUUGGGCGCUCUCCAGCUGUACGGAUACGACGUCCCUCAGGUUGACUACGUCCCCUGGUCCAAGUCUCUGGAACAGUACGUCAAUGAUGGACAGCACGAUGACCCCGAGUCCCAGCACGCACUCAUGCCCCUCUACCACUUCGUCACCUCCGACCUCCCCUCCAACACCAAGGCCCCCGAACUGGAUGACGUCAAUGCUGCUGCCUCCCUCCGUGCCGACGCCGCCUGGUCCGGCAUCGACGCCUCCGCCGGCGCCGGCGUCACCGAGGAGCUGGUCGGCCUGUACGCCUCUUACCUCGUUCAGACCGGAUUCCUUCCUCCCCCAUCUGCUGCCUCGACCGCAGCUCGGCCUCUGCCCACGACCCAACUGAGCGAGGAUCAGAAGAAGGCCUUGUCGAACGUUGGUGGUCGUGGUGGUUCUUCUUAGAUCUUAUACAUAUAAGUUUUGUCACUGUCUAGCGUGCUUUGCUCUAUUGGCUUUCUUUUACACUUGGGGUUAUGUGGGUUGUUUGAUUUGUGUGGUACAUUGUAUGAGGUUAUGACCUUUUCUUUUAUGUUUCUCGGGUGACAUAAAAGUUCUUGUAUGAAUUUCAGGUUGAUGGGAAAGUUGAAAAAGAAAUGUAUAGAAAGGACACUGUAUAUGGGGUGGAUGGGUUGGUUAGAGGUAGAGGAUUUCCUCUUUUUCUUCAAUGGAUU